UAAAAAAGACAAUUGAACCAUACAACAACAUCUUGAGACGAAGUCAAAGAAUUCAAUUCAUUCAAUUCAUUCAAUUCAUUCAAUUCAUUCAAUUCAUUCAAUUCAUUCUUUGUACUUGACAUACUAUCCGAGUUUAAAAACACAUUUAUAAACCCGAAAAAUCAUCCUGAGAACGAGAACUCUAUCAAAGGAUAAAGUUUCCAAUUCUUCUUUCUUGCUAAGAUCUUACAAUUGGUACAAAGCCAUUUUCGUUCUACAAAAUCAUAUACAAAGGCCAUCAUUUGUAUAUAUCGACAGAAAAAUGUAUAUCUUGAAAUCACUACCUUCAAUUUGCGUAACUGCUAACAAUUACACCAUAGGAAUCCUCCUCCACCCCCUCCGCCGGGUGGCCCUCUUGCUUCAGCGCUGAGAAGAUCAAUUCGUGGACCGUAAGAUGCACAUUCAACUCUUGGAUUUCCCAAUAUACUGACAAAGUCAUAGUCAAUCCGCCUUGACCGAUUUUCUUGCCGUAAGACAUCAAAUCAUAUUCUGCAGCUUUGGCUACAAUCACUGAUUCUUUUACGUUAGUCUCAUAAUAUCAAUGCCAACCAAAUUCGUCAAGAUGCAAAUGCCCGUCGAGCUGCUGCACUUGCCUCGCAACAAACCGCUGAAGCGAACGAAAACGAGGAAGAAGGUGAAUCAUCAUCUGCUGCGCCAGAAAUUGCUACACGCACCCGCUCCCGCCGAAAUGAAAGUGAAGCACAAAAGAAUAAGCGGAAGAAGGAAGAAGAGGUAUAAAAACUAUCAUGAGCUGAAAGAUAGGACUGACAACUUUCCAGAAAGCAAUCGCCAAAAUCAAAGCCUCUAAGAGGUUUCAGAGUCGAAAAAAUAAUGGAUCAGAUGAGGAUAUUAGCGAUGAAGAUGGAGCUGCCCUUCGAUUGUUCAAUGAAAGCAUGGCGCCUUUACCUGAUCAAAUGGAGAAUUGCGAAGAUUGUGAAAAGAGAUUCACAGUCACCGCAUAUAGUCGAGCUGGCCCAGAUGGAGGUCUACUUUGCCCACAAUGUACAAAUGACUUGAAUAAAGAAGAAGGACAGGUCAGGAAGAAACGAAAGACUCAAGCUGGUUCACAAAGAAGAAAACUUCAAAGUAAUCUUCUUGAUGGUAUAUACCCUGGCGCAAAAGACUUGAUGACCUUGUGUAUUGAGACUUUAGCCAAGAAUGUCGAUAUGGCCGAUGAUUUGGGAGAUUUACCGGAAACUAUCAUGGAUAGAUUGUCAGCUAUUCUUUCGAAAAGGCGUCUAUUGCGUUCCAAUACCUUGGAUUUGUUCCUUCAAAAUGGUCGAGAAGUCAUCACCAUCUAUGAAGGAGCAUAUCUAACUUCAGAUGAUUAUAUUCGCAUAUUCCAAGUCGUACCAAGCAUCAAAUCGUUACGCAUUCGAUCUGGAAUACAUUUCAAAGACAAAGUAAUGGAACAUCUUUUAGCAACUACUAUCAAACUUGAGCAUCUCAGUCUGUCUGGUAGCAAUCUCAUUAGCGAUGAGUAUUGGAAUCGGUAUUUCACGGAGAAAGGGUCGCAUCUUAAAUCCUUCAAACUAUAUUACACAGAUGGUCAAUUUGGUGAUGAUCAGAUAGAAUUGAUCGCUGAAUCGUGUCCACAAUUGACUCGUCUCAAGAUAUCCCAUAAUCAAAAAGCCACCGGCGCUGGGAUUGCGCAUAUUUCACGUAUCUCCACUCUUCAACAUCUCGGGCUCGAACUUCAAAAAAAGACAAGCUCAACACCUUACGUUAAAAUCCUUGACAGUAUCGGACCUCAACUUCAAACUCUUUCACUUGGCCAAGUCCACAAAAUAGAUGAUUCGGUUCUUAACGCCAUCCAUGACAACUGUCAAAACAUAAACAAAUUACGCAUCACUGACAACAGUGUCAUGACAGAUGCGGGAUUCGCGCGCCUCUUUACCAAUUGGUAUAACCCACCCUUAUCCUUCAUCGACCUCUCCAAGAACCGCCAUAUCGAUGCCUCUAAUGCUCGUGACAACCCAGAUAACAUUGGUCUUUGCUCUCUUGGUUUCGAAGCCCUAAUGGCUCAUUCAGGCACCAUUCUCCGCUAUCUAGACAUCAAUUCUUGCAGACAUAUCUCAUUACAAAGCUUUGAAAAGGUAUUUUCGCUCGAGAAACAAUAUCCUGAAUUACAAGAAAUGAAUAUUAGCUUUUGUCAAGAAGCCAAUGAUUUUGUGGUUGGCAGUAUCUUCAGAACAUGUCCGAAAUUGAAGAAGUUAAUUAUUUUUGGAAACUUUAAGGUUAGGGACGUGAGGGUUCCGAAGGGAAGGAUUCUUAUUGGCAUGCCAAAUGCGAUGGGGAUGCAGAUUGAGGGGACUGAAUUGGAUGGGGAAGGUGACGGGAGGAGUGCUUGGUGAGAAGAAUGGAGGGUAGUUCACCUGGGGUUGGUGAUUGAAGAGAUGAAACGCAAUGGGUGGAAUGGAUAAUUGAUCAGCUUUCUAAUGAAUGGAUUUAGGGUGUUGGGUCAAUGGCUAAAUUGGGAUGGCAAUUGUGGUGGAUAGAUGAUAUAGCUAUUAGGAUGCUGGAUUCGCAUCUUCAACGAGGUCUUCGGCAUGUAAUAUAUACUAGCUAUUCAUACUUACCUAGGUAGCUUAAGAUAAAACAGAAAAUUAAUUUUCGUACUCCUAUCUUGGCAGUCUCUUAUAUUGGGUCGCUAUCUACCUCUCUACCUUGUAUCGAAUC